AUGGGCGGAUGGAGGCCGCGCAGGCACGCGCACGGCGUCGCGGGAACGAGCCCGCGCCCUCAUGACGUCGACGAAGGCAAGAUGGCGCCGAGCGGCGCAUGGCGGGGACGCGGCGGCGGCGGGUCGCGGAGACUCACUGGCGCUGGCGAUGACAGCGGAUCCCGGGGACCCUGUGAUGGUGAUGACGGUUCACGGCCCGGUAACCGUGCCAAGGGCGCGAGUCGCACAGACAAGACCACGAUUUCAAAAAAGAAGUACCAGAGGAACCCCAAUCAUUUCAAGAAACGUUGGGGCAGUGUGAAGGAAGGAAAAGGAUUUGCCUUCCAGCAGAAGGAAAAGAUUAAAUAUGAGUACAAGAAAUUACUGAGAAAAGAAAAGGGACAACAGCUUCCUCAAAAAGUCGAGUAUACAGACAAUUAUCCAGAUCACUUGCGUCAUCUCUAUCUGGCUGAAGAAGAGUUUCUCAAGAAACAAUCAAAGAAACCCAAACAUGAAGAAUCUGAAACAAAUCAAGUAGAUUCUCAAGAAGUGACAAUUAAAAAGAAAAAGAAACUGUCAUCGUAUCAAAAAACUAAAGAAGAAUAUGAGAAAAGACAAGCAGAAUAUAUACAGAAAAAAGAAGCGGCAGAAAAAAGACAAAAGGAUAAAGAAGAGGCACAGAGGAAAUACAAAGAACAAAAACUGGAGAGAUAUAAAAUGCUCUGCAAGAAAACAAGAACAGGCCAGCCAAACCUGAACCUGCAGAUGGAAUACUUGCUUAAAAAAAUCCAAGAUAAGACAUGAAAUAAAAUCGUCUAUUUCUGACUAACAUUGCCACCAUUUAUUCUCCUUUGGAUCUCAUUGGCUGUUUAAAAGAUUUUGAUGCAAUUGUCAUUCAAUCCCAAACAUGAGCAUUUGGUGAUAUUUCAUUCAGAUUGAUAUUUGAUACUAGUGACAAAAAAAUGUAUUUGUAGGCAUGCAAAUCUGGAAUGGUGAACACACAAACUCUGCUGGUAAAUUACAGUGAUCUUUUAUUGAUCAUCUUGAAUGAUAAGCGGGUGGCGUCAGCAGUCUGUCACGUCCCAUCUCUGUUUUUAUUAUUUUAAGUAUGUUUUAAAUGUGUGUUUCAAUGUUUCUAUUGGGGGGGAGGGGGGGCAGUCGUAGGAGCAACGCGGACUCUAACAUCAUGAAGCUGCGAUCUUGCGAUUGCCAGAAGAAGUGCUCCGACCGCGGGGCCUGUGGACUUUUAACACCAUGAAGCUGCGGUCUCUGUUAAGAAGCGGCCGACUCGGGAACUCCAUGCCGCGGAGUGUUCCAAUCCGUCCCGACGUUGGAGUUUCGAUCAUCCCGACAAGAGGGCCUGAACAUCAGACCGUCUAACGGCGAACUGCGGAGGGUUCAAAGGCCUCUGGGUGUUUAUGUUAAAUUUUAUUUUAUGUGUGUAUUGUGUUCUUUUCACUUGAUAUGGCUGUAUGGUAACUCAAAUUUUGCUGUGCCUUAAUUGGUUAAGUGACAAUAAAUGCAAAACUAAACUUUGAAAAAUGCAAAAUUAAUCUAGUCGCCAUGAAGUUUGAAAAAUGCAAAAUAUUGAGAUUUUGUUUGUAACUUUAAACUGUUCACUUGUAUCACUCUGGUUAAAUUUUAUGUUUCUAGACCUAUGA